AUGUCACAGCUGAGCUCGACCAAGAAAACAUGGAUGCUAUUGAAUGCAUUGUUUGCAACAAACUAUACACUAUAUCUCAUGCUGCAUCUGAUCAGGAUUCCGAUAUACCCAUUGCCGAACUUUGUCAAUAUCCUAUGCCUGGCAUCAUCAUAUGCAAUUUCUCUGUUCCCGCACUUCUCGUCCAUAGGAGAGAUCCUAUCGCAGUCAAACAUCUACUGCAUCAUGGUGUUUUUCACGUUUCCCCACGAGGCUCUUCUCCUUCCAUUUUAUCUCCUGUCGAUCUAUCAUCUCAGCUCCUUUGUGCUGUCGAACAAGAAGGUCUUCGAAAGAACUGCCAUAUACCCGGUAUGCGUCUCUCUGUCUGUAUACCACAUUGCCCUUGGGAGGCUGGCUCUGUUCACAGAGGUUUUCACUGUUCCUCUCUCCUUUCUAAUGAUAUUUCUCAGGAAAUCAAGUCUUGUCACCUUCACUGCACUUGUCGCCAUGGUGAGACAGCAAUACUUCAACAACCCAUCAAUGCGAAGUGUUUUUGGAGAGAUGCGUGUGUCUCUGGACAGAUGGAUCCUUAGCUGCCCACGCGAUGUACAAGAGUAUUACCGAAGAGGAAGAGACUUCCUGGUUUCAACCCAUUCGCUCAAGAAGUUAAAUUAA